GAGGGCCGUCAGCAGCGGUCAGCCUCCCGCAAUCUCAUCCUCAUGCAGUAUAAAUCUUUACGACACCUGCACAUGCAAAAAUCCAAAACUUUGUCUUCUUUCCCGUCAUCUCUUUAUUCUCUCUCUCUCACCCAUGAUCCCUAAACCCACCUGCGGAUCACACAAUCGAAUCCAAACCCGCCAAACCCCACAUGGGUCGAGGCCCGAAUCAAUCCAAUUCAGCUCCCCGGGUCCUAAUCGCCGGCAACUACUGCCACGACGUUUUAUUCAAAGACGGCGUCGUUUUGGCCGAGACUCCCGGCGGGGCCGCCUCCUUCAUCUCCAAUGUCUUCGAUGGAGUUUCCGUUCCCUACAAUUUGGUGUCCAAAGUCGGGUCGGACUUCGCUUACUCGGUCCCGCGUGACCCGAUUGUUGUACCCGAUUGCAAUACCACUCUCUUCCACGCGCAUUUUGAUUCCGGCGUCGGCGGUGACGAACGGCGUGACCGGGUUCUGCAACGGGUAAGAGCUUGCGGCCCGAUUAGGCCCUCGGAUCUCCCCGGAUACAGAUUUGAUUUCGGAAUGGCUGUCGGUGUUGGCGGCGAGAUCACCGUUGAGACGGUGGAGAAGUUGGUUGAGACUUGCAGCACUGUGUUUGUGGACAUUCAGGCUCUGAUUCGAGCUUUCGACGGAGUCGACGGGACCGUGAAGCUUGUGGGUUUGAAGGAGAGUGGCUUCUUCCACCUCUUGCCUCGAAUUGGGUUUUUGAAGGCUUCGGCGGAGGAGGCGUUCUUUAUGGAGGUGGAGGAGGUGAGGAAGCUCUGCUGUGUUGUGGUGACGAACGGGAGGCGUGGGUGUAAAGUUUAUUGGGGAGACGGCGAGGUGGAAGUUGGGCCUUUUCCGACGCACCAGGUUGAUCCGACGGGCGCAGGAGACAGUUUCCUUGGUGGGUUUGUUGCCGGACUUGUUAAUGGCUUGACUGUGCCUGAUGCUGCAUUGCUCGGCAACCUUUUCGGGUCACUGACUGUUGGGCAUAUUGGAUUGCCCAAGUUUGAUUCCAAGUUAUUGCAGAGAGUUCGUGAAGAGGUGCAGAGGAGAAAAAUGCAGUGCGGUAAUUGCCGCGAAAGAAAAGAUGACAGGUUUAGGUUUGUGAACAUAGCAGGACAUGAGCAAUUUCAUGCAUCUCUAGGGGCAGCUAAGCAGACAACAAAGUGCCUUGCUCAGGAACCUCAAUGGGAUCUGCCAAGUUCUCCUCCCAAGUCAAUGGAACGGGGUGUCCUCCCUCAAUACGCGACACAGCCUAAAUUGUUACCGGUCUCUGUCAAUGAAGAACCAGUUCAAAUCGUUGACACUGCCGGUAAACCAUGAUUCUCGACAGUGUAGCAGUAAGUUUCUUCAUCCAUAACCUUAUGCUGGAUCAAGUAAUAAUGUAAUGUAGAAAUCUAUUUGCAUAGGGUAGGCGGAAUUGCAUCAUGUCGAACCCAGAUGCGUGUAUCUUUACUUUUUAGAUCGAUGUACAGUAUAGAACCCCCAAUGCAAAAACAAAAAACAAAAAAAAUAAAUAAAUAAAGGGAAAAGAAGAAGUUGCUUUCUCUAAGAGAAUUUUACUUCGA